GGCUGCAGCGGCGGCGGCGGCAGCGGCGACAUGAGCAGCGGGGCGGCGUCCGGGACAGGGCGGGGGCGGCCCCGGGGCGGGGGGCCGGGGCCCGGGGACCCUCCGCCCAGCGAGACACACAAGCUGGUGGUCGUGGGCGGCGGCGGCGUGGGCAAGAGCGCAUUGACCAUCCAGUUCAUCCAGUCUUACUUCGUGUCUGACUACGACCCCACCAUCGAGGACUCUUACACCAAGAUUUGCACGGUGGAUGGCAUCCCGGCCCGGCUGGACAUCCUGGACACGGCAGGCCAGGAGGAGUUUGGGGCUAUGCGAGAGCAGUACCUGCGCGCUGGCCACGGCUUCCUGCUGGUGUUUGCCAUCAAUGACAGGCAGAGCUUCAACGAGGUGGGCAAGCUGUUCACACAGAUCCUGCGAGUGAAGGACCGCGACGACUUUCCCAUCGUGCUGGUUGGGAACAAGGCGGACCUGGAGUCCCAGCGCCAGGUCCUCAGGUCUGAUGCCUCAGCCUUCAGCGCUUCCCAUCACGUGGCAUACUUCGAGGCUUCGGCCAAGCUGCGGCUCAACGUGGACGAAGCUUUUGAGCAGCUGGUGCGGGCCGUGCGGAAAUACCAGGAACAGGAGCUGCCUCCCAGCCCACCCAGCGUGCCCAGGAAGAGGAACGCCACCGGCUGCCCCUGCGUCCUCCUGUAGCAGCCUGCACGCCGGCCUUUGGGACCAGCUGCCCUGCACCUUGCUGUCUGUGACCCUAGGCCCUGGCUGAGCCUUGGCCUCCACGGCUGGGUCUCCCAGGACACGUGACACCCCAGCCUUUACUUCCUGGCCUUUUCCAGGCCAUUGCCACCAUGUGCCUUCUGCCAUCACCUCCGUCCCCCACCCAAGUGCCUGGUGGGGGGGGUUCCUGAAUCACAGCUGUAUAUAUGUCCUGUUGCCCAGGAAGAAAUAAACUCACUGCCAGUGUCA